UCCUCUUUUCUUCUUCUUCUUCUUCUUCUUUGUUUUUCUACAGAUUGUAGCAUGGCGAGUGACAGCCCUGAAGUCGUCUCUAUAGAGCUUCCUGCUCCUCCUGGCUGGAAGAAAAAGGGGUUUGAGAAGAUGUCCGCCCUCUACAAAGCAAUCAUGAUGUGCAUGUGUUACUAUAUUUUCGUAGCGUGGCAUUUAUUUCACUGUCUUCAGAGAUUGGCAAUGCAAUGCAAUGCAAUGAUUCAAAGAAGUUUAGGCUCUUUAGAUUGGUUUUGUGGGUUUGCAAGAAUCACUUCAAAGGUUCUAGCUAGAAGCGAGUUGCUUGUAUCAGAACACAAAGUUCAUGCCUAGCAAAGGUGGGACGCCAAAGAAAAACGAGAUCAUUUUCAUCGCACCCACAGGGGAGGAGAUGAGUAACAGAAGGCAGUUGGAGCAGUACCUGAAAUCCCACCCUGGAAAUCCUCCAGUAUCUGAAUUUGACUGGGGGACUGGUGAUACCCCGAGGCGAUCAGCAAGGAUCAGUGAAAAGUUAAAGGCAGCCCCACCUCAGGAAAGCGAGCCAAAGAAGAAGCGAAGUCGGAAAUCAACAGGUUCAAAGAAGGGUGAUGUGGAAAUGGAAGCUGCUCAAGAAACCCAGGAGAGGAAAGAAGAUCAGAUGCAAGAUGAACAGACACCAAAGAAGGAUGCUAAUGCACCUGUAGAAACUGAAGUUGAUAAAGAAGUUAAAAUGCAGGAUGUGUCAAAGACAGACAAAGCUGUCGAUGGUGAAAGAAAGCAUGGAGUAGAGGAAGGGGAGAAACGUAACGGAGAUGCACCAACAUCAACGGUUGGAAAGAAUAAGGAGACAGAUGGUGUUGAGAAACCCAGCUUGCCAGUUGAAGAGGGAGCGGAAAAUGAGAAAAAAGAAACCGAAAAUGGGUCCCAAGAGAUUCAUCAAUCAGAGCAUGUAGAGUCACAGAAACCUCCAGCACCCUCUUUGGUGAGCUGCUGAAUGCAUCAGACCUCGUUUCCAUUCCUUACGCUCAUGUGGGUUCCUUUGGAUGACUGUAAUUCACAGGCAGUUGAUGUUCUAAUUGUUCUGUGUAUGUCGAUCUAGUUUGUAGAUUGCGUUGUAACUGUAGGAUGUUGAAUCGCUGCUAAUAUAUGUAUGUCUUAGCUAUGUAUGCAGUCACUGAUCUUCUACA